AUUUUGAUAAUUAAAAAUGGAAUAAGUAAUUUAGAAUGAGAAUUUAGUUAUGCUGCAAUAAAAGAUAGUAAGUUAUCCAAAAACUUAUGAGGAUUUGAAAAUAAUUGCAUCUAUAAUAAGAGGAACCCAAAUUUUUAAUAAAUUGAAUGAGUUGUAUCAUUAACAACUUUCAAGCGAUGGUUAAAUAAAAUUGUGUAACAAUGUGGAAAUUAGGAGUUACUCUUAAAGUGAAUUGAUAUCUGUGAAUCCAAAUUUAGGGGUGUAAUUAUUAUUAAAGGGAUAAGUUGAUGUGUUUUAAUAAGAGGAUGGUUACAUAUAUAAAACAGCGAAGUUAAUCGCAAGUCUAUUUCCCCUUUCUUAUAUAGAAGACGAAUUCCACUUUGGUAAACAAAUAUAUAGUUCAUCUCAAUUAAAAUAUAAAAUUUCAGUAGAUGACUCUUUAGUUUUGUCGAUAAAUAAAUAGUAGUGCGAUGAUAUUUAUUAAUUCUUUGGUGAUCUUUUCCUUUUCAAACAUAAAAUCCUAUGCAAAAUAAUCCCUGGAUUGGGAGAAUUGAAUUCAAAGAGAAUAUUGGCAGCGUUGGCAACAUAAUUUGAAAGUUUGACUUUUCCACAUCUUACACCUAUAACAGAAGAGAAUGUAAUAGGUGAUUAUUUGUACUUUUUAGCUCAAGGGGAUAUUUCAAUGUCAAAGAAUGAAGAGCAUAUCUUUAAUAUGGAAGAUAAUGGAAUAAUAGGAGAUGAGUUGCUUAUAGAUCCAGAUUCAGACUAGAAUUAACAAUUGAGUUAUGAAUUUACAUCAAGAAAUCAAAGUGAAGAUAUUCACUCGUCUUUUCCCUAACUCCAUUAUCAGAUAAAUUAUAUCACUUCAUAAGUGUAUUUAUAUUGUAAAUAGACUGUAGAAAAACAAUUGAUGCGCUUAUUGAUGGGAAGUAAACCAUUUGAUUAAUCAUUAUUAUGUAAUUCGCCUAAUAAUGAAUUCAAGAAAUCAUAAUCCACUUUGAUUUUAGCAAAAGAUUCAAUAAAAUCAUAUGACAAGGUGGAUAUUUAAUUUUAAUAAUAUUAAGUACCCAAACAUAGUAGAGUGCUGAAAUACAAUAAGAAUGUGUUAGAUCAAUUUGGUGAGGAGGAAAAGAAAUCUAAAAAGAUAACCAUGAAUGAAUUUGUUUCAUUGACCAAAUCAAGCAAGGAACCUUAGAUUAAGAUUUUAGAAAAAGUAGAAAAUCCAUACAGUUUUGCUUCUAAUGUUAAUUCAGAGGGGUUUUUGAAACAAUACUAUUCUAAUUUGAUUAGAGUUGGAUUGGUUAAACCUCCUCUUAGAAUAGCUCCUUAAAAUCAUGAGGCAAUCUAAAGAUCUAGAGUGAAUUCUGCUGUGAAACUAAUUGAGAAAACACAUAAGAAAAUAAAGACCAGAAAGUCAACUAGUUUAAUUUAUGGCCAAAAUGAUCCAAUACUUCAGAUUAAUUCAUUAAACCCAAACAAAGAAGAUAAAGGAAAUACAAAUUCCUAAAAAAAAUUAGAUAAAACUAGAACCAUAACUUCAUUUUUUGCAACUCCAAGAACUGCUUAGCAGUUACAUCAAUUUCACAAUCCUUCUUCGGGAUACUUCUAAAUUAUUGAAACUCCAAAAUGUGAAACUCCUGAAUCAAGAUCCACAAUGGCUAAAUCAUCCCAUGUAUUUAGACCUUAUUCAGGGUUCAUGGAUCACACUUCAAGAUUGUCACAAUAAUCGGAAAUGUAAAAAAGAUUAAGAAAACCAAACUAACACUUCUUUUGA